GCGGAUACAGGUCGAGGAGCCUUUGCUCGUGAGCAGCGCUGGGAUGGAUGGACCGUGUAGAUGGGGGUGUUUGUCCCCAGCACAGAUGACCCAUCCCCAGCAGAUGUUCUUGAGCUGAUCGAUGAAAUCGAUCUGCUUCCUUCUGCCCCAAACGUAGCAGCCUCUGGCUGGAAAAAGAUUGCGCGGUGAACUCGCGGGAACAGAGGGAGGAGUUGGUCUUGUGACUUUUGGUUUAUCUCCAAGUAUUUCGUCUUAUAGUGCAGGCGCUCGACAAGAAUAAUCUUCAAUAAAUCAUGUCAUGCCAGGGGUGACAAAUGUACACACCCGCUAUCUGUGGCCUAUGCCGGUGUAAUUCUUGGGCUUGGCUUGUCGAUCUUGUUUGCUCACUCAAGGACUAGCUUGCAAACACCGACCCAAAGCCUUGAACAAAGAGAUAUGCGACCGCUGGCCAGCAUACAGCAAGUUGAAGAAGCGGUGGGAGGUGGUGGGCCAUACAGCGUCACUGCCUCACCACUCAACAAGCUUCAACUGGAUGCUGUGAAGCAAGGCCUCCAGCGCAGGUUUUCCGUGGUGCAAGGGCCGCCCGGUACAGGCAAAACCACAUUCUUGGUUCACUUGGUGACUGCGCUCACCAACCUGGAGCUUGAUCCGACCUUGCGCAGGACUGGAGGGCAACCCUCCAGAACGGCGGCUGAAGAGACAUUUGGCCGUAUCCUCGUGACCACGCCUUCAAACCAAGCAGCUGACGAAUGCCUUCGGAGGCUCACGAAGGAGAGCAACAUUCCUCCUCAGUUCAUCACUCGGGUCUAUGCCCGGACCAUUGAGUACCAAUACGGCAGCAAGUUGCGUUGUGGCGGGGGUGCUUAUGAUUCCAACUUGCUUCGAACGCAGCACAAGGUGAAGGAUUCCUUGAAGGAGCACUCCCUCCACCACAAGGUCAUGCAAGCCAAGGAAGUUCGGAGACUAGCGGAGAGGUUGGAACACGAGCGUGGUGCACAAUCACAAUGGAACUACGAUCAGGGCUAUGAAGCGACAGAGCAAAAGGUUCUGAAGGAGAGCAAAAUCGUGUCUUUCUCUAAGUCGUGCGAGCUUGACCUUAUCAACUUUCUGAGAAUUACAACUUGCACUUCUGCUUUGUCUCACGGUGCACUCAAAGAGCCGAAAGAAGACCAGCACACAAAGGACGCCACAAAGACAGGCACUGCUGCACGUCGCCCAGGCCCAUCGCGAGCCAUCCGAUUCCGCUCAGUGGUGGUGGAUGAAUGUGCACAGGCGACAGAGCCCGAGGUGGUGCUUUCAGUGAUGCGUGCUGAAGAGCGAGCUAUUCUUGUUGGAGACCACAAACAGCUUGGGCCUGUGGUGACUGAGCACAACCUUUGCAGGGCAUAUUUGUCCAUGUUGGAAAGGCCUAUCCUUGAGCGACUGGCUGAAAGGAAGGACAAGACAAAAUUGUGUAGUGUCAUGUUUCAGAAGCAGUAUCGAAUGCACGAUGCCAUUUGUGCCUUUCCUUCCCAGCAUUUCUAUGGCAAUUUGCUCCAGAACGUGCAGAAUCUGCAGCACCUCCCGGCCCCGGCAACAGUCUGGCCACAGCCAGACCAACCGGUGGUAUGGAUCGACUGUGACACUCCCCACCAGAUGGGUACUGUGAUUCAAGUGGGCAAUGCCAGAAGCCUAAACAGCGUUCCGCUGGAAAACAACACCUCCUUGCAAAAUCCUGGAGAAGCAGAUCUCAUUGUAGAAGCCUACAAGAGGUUGAUGAAAGACGGCACCUGCCAAGCUGGAGAUGUGGCGAUCAUCACGCCCUACAAAGCCCAGCAACAGUACAUUGAGCGGAAAUUGAAAGAACUCCCAGGCGGCCUAGGGAAAAGGGCCAACGAGACCUCCGUGGGAACAGUCUUCAGCAUGCAAGGCUCUGAGCGACACUUCAUUCUCCUUAGCUUCGUCCGGAGCAUUGCAGAAGGUUGGGCCCUCAAGAAUCUUGCUAUGCAGGGCUCAGACAAGGAGAUCCGUGUGGCCGUCACCUCACACAACCCGGCUCUUCGACAGACCUUUGAGUCGCACAUUGGAAUCGCAGCAAAGGCAAAUUUGCUCAAUGUCGCUUUGACCCGCGCGAAGAGCGGUCUUGUGAUUGUCGGCAAUCGAACUGUCCUAAGUGAGGGUUCAGAGGACUUUUUCCAGCUUGCCUCGAAUCUUUCUGAGCGAGGCAGUGUAGUGCCCGCCGCGCAAUUCAGAGCAUCCUCCUUUAGAUUCGCAAAGGCGUCUUAAAGUUAUUCUCAGCCCAUCAACAUGUAGUGUUUGAUGCCUCUGGGUGUGCUUUGA